CUCUCUCUCUCUCUCGUGUGUCUCUUAACCUCUCUCUCCCUCUCCAGUGUCAUUUUGAGAUCUAGGAUCCAUGUGGCCGCUCCGCCGACGCGUUCAGCGCCACUAGAGAGAGGACAGGGCUGAAGGGAACACGGGACGUAAACAGCGUGACAUAAGAACCACAUGGACAGGACAUUUAGUCCCCUGGAAGUGAGAUGUGAGUGGCGGGCUUGAAAUUGGGAGGUAAAGAACGCGGUGAGAAAAAGAAAAGAAAUACAUCUACCGACUAUUUGCGACAGAACUACAUAAAGGAGCACACAAAACAUUACCGUGUGAUGCACAAAUGACCACGGAUCAGGACCUGGCGCUGGACGGCCGGCCGGCCUCGGCCGAGUUCGCUGCAAAGGGCGUCGACGUGACCGCCGCCAAAGACCGGGGAGUCAUCAAGGUUGUGAAGCACCAGGGGCUCCACGGGGAGAGGCCGAUGAUUGGGGACAGGGUGACCGUCCACUACACCGGACGGCUGCUCACCGGGGAGAAGUUCGACUGCAGUCGAGAUCGAAAGGAGGCCUUCUGCUUCAACGUGGGCAAAGGACAAGUCCUCAAGGCCUGGGACAUCGGUGUGCUGUCUAUGCAGAUGGGCGAGGUGUGCUCCUUUCUGUGUAAACCAGAGUACGCUUACGGAUUUAAUGGAAAUCCUGAAAAGAUCCCACCCAACUCGUCGGUUGUGUUUGAGAUGGAGCUACUCAUGUUCGAAGGAGAGAUUCUCACCGACGAUUCCGGCAUCGUGAGAAGAAUAAAGGUCAAAGGUGACGGUUACACGAACCCCAACGAUGGCUCCAAGGUAGAAGUGCACCUGGAGGGAAGGUGUGGGGGUCGACUGUUUGACUGCAGGGACGUCAGCUUCGUUGUUGGCGAGGCCGAGGACAAAGGCGUUCCUCUGGGAGUGGACCGGGCCAUGGACAAGAUGCAGAAAGGAGAGUGCUGUUCACUUUACUUAAAACCAAAGUAUGGGUUUGGAAGUGAAGGUAAACCUGAAUACAACAUUGGACCAGACAGAGACAUUAUAUAUGAAGUUACACUCAAAAGUUUUGAAAAGGCCAAAGAAACCUGGGAAAUGGACUUGCCUGAAAAGCUAGAUUUGGCUGCUGGAGUUAAGGAUAAAGGGAAUCAGUAUUUCACGGCGGGUCUGUACAACCAGGCCGUCAUCCAGUACCAGCGGAUCAUUUCCUGGCUGGAAAUGGAGUGCGGGUUCGGGACAGAGCAGCAGAAGACGAUCCAGUGGUUCCUGUCGACAGCAUACCUCAACCUAGCGUUGUGUUUUCUGCGGAUGAAAGACUUUUCGCAAGUCGUGGACAACUGCAACAAGGUGAUCGAGCUGGACGAGAGCAACGAGAAGGCCUUGUACCGCCGCGGGGAAGCCCGCCUCGUGCGUAACGAGUUCCCUUUGGCCAUGCAGGACUUUCAGCACGUGCUGCGGGUCAACCCGGCCAAUCGAGCGGCACACGGUCAGCUUUUGAUCUGCCAGAACAAGAUCAAGGAACAUCACGAACGGGACAAGAAAACCUACGCCAACAUGUUCCAGAAAUUUGCAGAACAGGACACCAAGAUUGGAAAGACAAAAAGGAGGCGGGACGAGAGCGUGAGAAGCGGCAUGAACGGAAAGGUGGGCAACAAGCGGCGGCGGAGGAGUCAGGACUGUCCGCCCUAAAGGACGCAUGGAACAGGGGAGAAAAAGAAAGACAUGGCUUUUUUUUUGUGCUUUCCAAGUUCGGGGGAAACAGGGGCAGAAAGGAAGUUGUAUGAAAGCCUCUAAUCCAAACCUCUUCAUCCCCAAAUCCACCUUUCACCCUUACUGCAUAUGAAGCAGAGCGUAAGCAGGGACGUUUGCAAGCCGAACCACAUUUCCCCCUGGUCACAUGGUCCGUGCAAACCUCCGGGCAGAAUCACCACUGCACAUCUAUUGCCUCGAUGGUUUUAUUUCUUUAAAAAUACAGAGCAAUUCCAUAAAAUGAUUCAUUAGGCUGCAUGGUAGAGUUCAGGUUUGCCUCCACAGUGUGGUUCAUAUUCCCCAAACUGUACGUGCUGGUUUUCAUACCUCUGGCUUAUAUUAUUGUAUUAAGCCUCUUCUCGGGCAGCUGCAUGCAUGCAUCACGAGGUGUUUGGGAUUCAGACUUGAAUAUUUGCAAUAUAGUAUGUGCUCUGGAUAAAGGGCAUUUUGAGUCUCAGAAGCUCAGUGGUGUUUUAAACCUUUUCCUGCAAAAGGAAUAACUCUGUUUGUGAGAAUACAGCAAAAGCCUGCAUUCAUACAAAGGAAUGUUGGGAAAAUUGAAAACACAUCAAUUGUAAUUCAUUAAAAAUCCAGAACUUAAAAUCAUUUUUUUUUUUUUCAAA